CGGUACUGCAGAAAGGCGACUGUCCCGGCCCCAAACGGGAACCCGCGGGGGUCUCCUGUUCGAAUCGGCUGGAGGUGGAAGGCAGAAACCCGCAAGCGUGUGCUCAAAUCCGAUUUUUCUUCCUUUCAGGCAAAAUGUCUGUAAUUUUUAGAUUGAAACUUGAAAGAUAAAUCAAAAUGGACCUUAAUAGACUAGGUAAAAUAUACCCCUGCACGUUUAUAAAGACAUAUUCCUAUGCUGUGUAGAUAAUAACGCACGCUGUUCACCAUCUGUAUCUUUUAGAGCACAGAAAAAAAUGUCGCCAUUUUGGUCUUGUGCUGAAAUAUUAUUAAUCUUUGGGCUUUAUCUUGUUCCCAGAACCAUCCUUGCCUGAUGCUGAAACAUUGUCAUGCACCCAUGAAUCUAUAUAGAGCUUUUCUGCAUAAAUAGAUAAAGCAUGCUCAGUCAAAGAAAGGGAUUGCAAAUAUAUUUAUACCGUGCUGUUUAUUGUAUAUAUAGAUGUGUAACCGUGGAGGGAAAGGUUAUGCAGUCUGAUAUUUUUCAUUGAAACCUGAUUAUUACCCGACACAGACCAACUACUGAUUAUUGUUUUGUAGGCGAAGGAAGCAUUUUUGCAACAUUGCAAGACAUUGCUCGUUUUAAAUCAGCGCCCGUAUAAAAUCCAAGCCGGGCCCCCUCCCCUCGGAUCAGUUAGGUUAGAUACAACAAAAGGUAACGGUACAGUCGGUGGUUCUUACUGUGUGCCUCCUUUAGCACCACGAAUUCCAUUUCGGGAAAUGUUGGAAGAGAAGGAAUUUGGUGUUUCACACCCACUCCCCCCACCCCACCCCCCCACUCCGAAGAAGGAUAAAAUACAGGCGAUUUUGCCCCCUUCUUCCCAGAAACCGUGCUCAACCCCUUCGUCGGAGCCCGUAGGUUGCAAAUAAGAAUUUGUAUUUUUGCAUUUUAGAUUCUCCCCAUUAAAAGAUCCCUCUGGAGGCAGAAGUAAUUGAUUUGCCCAAGAAUUUCGCGUCCUCUCUCCAAAGGUUUUGUUCCAGGUGGUUUUUGUAUUAGACUGACCACAAGAAACAAAUGUGCAGAAUAGAGACACCCACACAGGUUUUUACUCACAAAGCCUGGUUAAAGUCCAAACCUCUCUCUUUAUUAUUUGUCAUCCUGCUGUUAAUCCCAAUAUUUUCCAGAGGGGGAAAAAAAAAAAAAAAAAGAAAAAAAGAAAAGGAAAAGCCCGGCCCCAAGGUAGGCACUGAGAAACAAAAUAAAGCCGGACUUUUCCCACAAGCAGCCCAGUCCUCUGCCAGCAUAUUUUAAAAGCAGCUUUUUUCCUUGUUUACUUGCGUUUCUUGCUCUGCCUCUUUUCUCGGCCACAUUUGAUCUUGGAAAGAGCAAGAAGCUUUAAAUGUGUUCUUAAGGGCCAGUAGCUGUCAAACCUUUUGGCGGCCAAGAUUGAUCGCGCGCAGACACCACCAGAGCUUUGUUUGGACUAAAAGCAAGAAAAUUAAACCCCUUGCAUUUUCCAACAGCAUCGAUAUUUGUAAGGCAUCCCUUUUGAGGGAUUAAAUGACAGGUCUCGUUCUAUAUUUUAUUUAAACAAGCAACCACCAAAAAGCCCAUUUAAAGCCUCCCGGCCCCUCCCCUCCCCCUCUCUCCAAUGCCUUCGCAGAUAUGCUACAUCUUGUGGGUGCAUUAACUUAAAACCGAUUUUUAAAAAUGCACUUCGUGCAGUCUGGACGCAGACUGAUCCGCUGAGUGCUCGGGGUCUUGUUUUCCCUCCCCCCCCCCCUUCUUUUUCUUCUUUUUUUUUUUUUUUUUUUUUUUUUUAAUUACGAAGAAGCUUGCCGACCCCUUUUUGGCAACUCCGAGAAUAAAGCGAGACGGCACCGCAUCGCGCUGGCGAUGGUCUCCUGCUCCUCGAAGACGCGGAGAGCGGCUCGGAAGCGCCUUCCCCCCUCGGCCUCCCAGCGCACCCCACCCCGCCGGGCACCCCGGGCUCCGCGGGAAGGCAAACCCCGUCCGGGCUGCCCGGGGAGGCUGUGACCGUAGGAUUCAUCAGGCCGGGGAUUGUGGCCAUCAUUGUCAUCGCUCUCCUUCUCGCCUCAGCCUGGUUGGAGAAUUGUGCCCAAAACAUCCAAAUUCGGGACUUGCCUCGACCUAGCAGGGGCCACUGGAGGCGGCGGCGGCGAAAACCAAGCGUCGGAGGCGAGUGCCGUCUCAAGUCAUAACCCCGCAGCAUUUUCGCUCUGCCUGGUCCCGUGAAAACAAACCCGCUACCAGCCCAUAUAUUUCCUGGUAAUCGAAAAUACUCACCAGACCCAGCCUACUACGGUUAUUAAGCAAAUUAUGCCAGCAGACGGGAGUAUCGUUUGCAAGCUAAGGCACAAGAUUUGGGUUUUUUUUUAAAGAGGCAACAGCCAGACGCGUUUGCAGCCUCGCGAUUUGGCUCUCCCAGAGAGGUACUCCUAGGGUUAUGUUUUACGGUCCAAUCCCGGGAAGCCAACUGGAGAGGGAAGUCAUGAAGCACAAGGGCUGCUGCCUAUUUGACUCUUCCCCUAGAAGCAAGGUUGCUGAGGAAGAUCCUGUUAAACAAUGGCUCGGCACCGGCGGCCAAUUGUUCUCCGUACUGUACACCCGAUAGCCACCAAAAAAAAAAAAAAAAAAAAAAGAAGGAAAAAAAAGAAAAGAAAAAAAAGAAAAUAAAGGAAAAAAGAAAAGGAAAAAGGAAAAAAGAAACAAACAAGAAAAAUAAUAAUAAUAACAAAAAGAAAGCAAAAGGAGCCCAUCGAGGCUGAGUCGGGAAGGAGAAACUAGUUUUGGAGGAAGCGCUAUUCCUAGGAAAAAAUCAAGACCCUCUGCUUCAGACUCCUGCCUGGGUGCAACUUCUUAUGCGGGGGCCUGGCGGUGUCAAAAGUUUGAAGAUUAAUGGAUUACUUUGUUAAUGACUCAAGGCGUCAGAUUGAGGUGCUUAAAUGAUUUGUGAGGUGCAAAGCGUUUUCCUGACAGUCCCAAACAAUGAGAGAAGAGUGUGCGGGUGGAGGCGAGGGAGGCAGCAGGCUGCAGGACAAGCAGCCACACACACACUCUCUCGCACACACACACACACACACACGCACACACACACACACACACACUCGCAGCCUCUCACACAAACAUAUCCACGCACACGCACCCUGCCCCCCACCCCCGAUCAUUUCAGAUUAGGACGCCAAGGGGAUAGAUACUCGAGAUAUCAUUUCCCUCUUUAAAAAAAGUGUAAAUAAAGCCUUUCUGGCCCCCAAUGAGGCGUUCCUUCCCGACUUUUUUGGAUCAAUCAAACAGACAGUGGCUUCUUUUGAUUAAAGCCCAAAUUGUCAUUGGGCAGAGGCAAUCAUGUGACAGCCAAUUCGGUCCAAUUUCAACCUUGUCUCCAUGAAUUCAAUAGUUUAAUAGUAGCACGGUCCCCAUACGGCUGUAAUCAGUGAAUUAGAAAAAAAACACCCCACCAGCGAUCUUCUAUGCUAUAUUUUUUUCUCCUCUCUCUCCUUUUUCCUGGGCCUUCCCCCCCCCGAGCCCCCUGAAUCCGAGGGAACUUUUUCUCCGCGGGGGCUGCCAGUUGAAGGCCAUGAAUUUCGCAUUUGAGCGAGAGAUCGGUUUUAUCAAUAGCCAGCCAUCGCUUGCUGAGUGCCUGACAUCUUUUCCCCCUGUCGGUGAUACAUUUCAAAGUUCAUCAAUCAAGAACUCGACGCUUUCACACUCGACACUGAUUCCUCCUCCUUUCGAGCAGACCAUCCCCAGCCUGAACCCCGGCAGCCACCCUCGCCACAGCGGCGGCGGUCGCCCCAAGGCGAGCCCCCGCGGCCGCAGCGGCAGCCCGGGCCCCGCCGGCGCCCCGCCGCCCCCGGAGUACCCCUGGAUGAAAGAGAAAAAGGCGUCCAAGCGAUCCGCGCUGCCGCCCGCCUCGGCCUCCGCCUCAGCCGCUGGACCUGCCUGCCUCAGCCACAAAGACCCCCUUGAAAUCCCCGAUAGCGGUAGCGGUGGAUCUAGGCGGCUGAGGACGGCUUACACCAACACCCAGCUUCUGGAGCUAGAGAAAGAAUUUCAUUUCAACAAGUACCUCUGUAGACCAAGGAGGGUUGAGAUUGCAGCCUUGCUGGAUCUGACCGAGAGACAAGUCAAAGUCUGGUUCCAGAACAGGAGGAUGAAGCACAAGAGACAGACCCAGUGCAAGGAGAACCAAAACAGCGAGGGGAAAUUUAAGAGCCUAGAGGACCCCGAGAAAGCGGCGGAGGAGGAGGAGGAGGAGAAAUCCCUCUUCGAGCAAGCCCUCAGCAACGUCUCCGGCGCUCUCUUGGAGCGGGAAGGCUACGCUUUCCAGCAGAAUGCCCUCUCCCAGCAGCAGGCGCAGAAUGCGCACAAUGGCGAGUCCCAAACUUUCCCCGUUUCGCCUUUAACGAGCAAUGAGAAAAAUCUGAAACAUUUUCAACAUCAGUCACCCACUGUUCAAAACUGUCUCUCAACAAUGGCCCAGAACUGUGCAGCUGGCCUGAACAAUGACAGUCCUGAGGCCCUAGAUGUCCCUUCUUUACAGGACUUCAACGUUUUCUCCACAGAUUCCUGCCUACAGCUUUCAGAUGCAGUUUCCCCCAGUUUGCCAGGAUCUCUGGACAGUCCCGUAGAUAUUUCUGCUGACAGUUUUGACUUUUUUACAGACACACUCACUACAAUUGACUUGCAGCAUCUGAAUUACUGAGAAAUUAAAGACGUCCUCUCCAAGGG